GACGCGUCCGUCGCGGCGGUGCUCGCGGCGGUGCGCGGGACGGUGCUGGAGGGGAGGGUUUUGGAGGUGGCGUACGACGCGGAGACGCGAGGGUACAACGCGCGAGCGUUUCACGCCGACGUCGACGGGCGCGGGCCGUGCCUGGUGAUCGGGAAAACCACGAAAGGGUCGCGGUUCGCGGGGUUCAAUCCGCUGGGUUUUUAUUCCGUCGAGGAUUAUCGCGAGAGCGGGAACGCGUUUUUGUGCAAGUGGCGGAGCGACGCGGCGUUUCGACGAGGAGACGCGCCGAGCGACGUCGCGAACGUCUUGCCGGGGGGAAAUGCGGCGAUCUUUGAUUUUGGCGCGCAGGGACCGUGCUUCGGCGUCGAUGCUUUGCGCGUGCCGCUCGGUUUCGCGCCACCGAACGGGUCGUCGUACGCGGGCGUCGGCGGUUCGUUCGAUCUCGGCGAGGCGAACGCCACGGGCUCGCGCGAGUGUAAGAGCCGGUUGGGCACCCAUUACGAAUCAUUCGAGGACGGGUCCGGACUUUUUAAAGAAGGCGCCGGCGCGACGCUCGCGGAAUUACGAGUGUACUACGCCCCC